AUGUCCAACAAAUACGGUUUCUUCUAUCGCCUGUACGCCUGGCUCUACUUUCUAGUCCGUCUUCAGCUUGAGUCCCUUGAAAAUCUGCUCACAAACUGGGGACUAAAAGACUGUCGAAAAGUUGCCACCCAACUUCCAACUUCACUAACCGGAUCUUCCAACUUUACCGUUCUCAUCACCGGCGCCAACUCGGGAAUUGGAAAAGAGUGCGCAAAGCACUUUUUGGCACUUAACGCCACCAAAGUGAUCAUCGCCUGUCGGGAUGAGGCAAAAGCAAAAACUGCCAUUGAAGAACUUCUCAAAGAAGUUGGCGAUGAUAAGCGGAAAAACGUCAUUUUCAUUAAGCUCGACCUCUCCUCACUGGAAUCUGUUCGAGAAGCGGCAGCGGAUGUUUGCCAGAAAGUCGAUCACUUGGACGUUCUGCUGAACAAUGGCGGUGUAAUGAUGUGCCCCAAUGGCUGGAAAUCAGCCAAUG